AAGCCGGCGCAGCUCGGAGGGGAAGGUACGCGCUUCCCCGACCAGAGAGGGAGAGAGAGAAAGAGAGAGAGAGAGCAGAGGCGGAGAAAGAGAGAAGAGGAGGAGGGAGCUCAGAGGAAGAGCGUGCUAGCUGUCAGUUCGGAGGAGGACGGCGAAGAGCCUCCACCGCGUUGGUUUUCUCGCUGUCACCUUUUACGCACGCGUUGACACUACCGCGCGCCUCUUUCCAACAACUCCCUUUUUAAACCCAAAACAACGGACUGUCACUUGGACUGACUUGGACACCAAUUUGGAAUACAGAUGAUAAUGUUGAUUUAAAGCACGUGUGGUGUGUUUUGAAAUAAAGGAACGGAUCGAGGCGCAUGACCAAGGAGAGUUUAUUCUUCUUACUUUGAGCACCUUUUGAUAAACUUGGCAAUGGACACGGAUACGUCUCAAUCCAGUAGUGACUUUCCAUUUGCCUUAAAUUGAUGACGAGAUCCCUAAGCACACUAUAAUUGACGCUAUCCCCCUCCCCAAAAUGGAUUUUGGACACUUUGAACAGAUCAUCUCCCGAGAGAGAAGACGCACGGCCACUCACUGACACAACUUCAACCGCUAAGCGGCACUUGUGUGUGUGGAUUCUUUGGACGAGUCAACCCGAUCUGUGGAAUAGAAGACGAGAGGAAAGCUUGGGGACUGUCAACGUUUGGUUUGAGUCCAAAAGAUGGAUUCAUCAACAUGGUUCUGCGUGUGUGCCCUCACACUUCUACCAACUCUGAUCGUCACAUCGGAGAAAGCAGAAUUUGAGCCAUGUGGUGGCUAUCUGGAUGCCACCGUCGCGGGCUACAUCACCACGCCUGGCUACCCGCUGGAGUAUCCCCCCCAUCAGGAUUGCCGCUGGGUCAUCACGUCGCCAGAACCUUCUCAGCGCAUUGUGAUCAACUUCAACCCGCACUUUGAGAUUGAGAAGCUGGACUGCAGGUAUGACUAUGUUGAGAUCCACGACGGCAACUCCGAAACGGCCGACUUAUUGGGAAAGCAUUGCAGCAACAUUGCCCCAGCACCAAUCAUAUCAUCCGGACCCGCCCUUCACAUCAAGUUUGUGUCUGACUAUGCCCACCAGGGGGCCGGCUUCUCGCUGCGCUACGAAAUUUUCAAAACCGGUUCGGACUGUUCCAGAAACUUCACAAGUCCCUCGGGUCUCAUCGAGUCUCCAGGUUUCCCUGACAAAUACCCCCACAACUUGGAGUGCUCCUUCAUCAUCGUUGUGCCCCCCAGCAUGGAUGUCAGCCUCACUUUCCUCACCUUUGACCUGGAGAACGACCCCUUGCCUGGAGCAGAGGGAGACUGCAAAUAUGACUGGCUGGAAGUUUGGGACGGGCUUCCUGGAGUGGGCCCGCUAAUUGGUCGAUAUUGCGGGACCAUGGUACCACCAGAGAUCCAGUCAUCGACUGGGAUUCUCUCCCUUUCCUUUCACACCGACAUGGCUGUGGCAAAAGACGGCUUCUCAGCGCGCUACAACAUGACGCACAAGGAAGUCAGUGAAACGUUUCAUUGCAGUAAUGCUUUCGGCAUGGAAUCUGGAAAGAUCACCGAUGAGCAGAUCACAGCAUCGUCAAGUUUUUACGACGACAACUGGCUGCCGCAUCAGGCCAGACUCAACUAUAACGACAAUGCCUGGACGCCCAAUGAGGACAGCAAUAGAGAGUACAUACAGGUGGACCUCUACACACUGAAAGUGAUCACAGGCAUCGCCAUGCAGGGCGCCAUUUCCAAGGAGACGCAAAAGUCAUACUACGUGACCACUUUCAAACUGGAGGUCAGCACCAAUGGCGAGGACUGGAUGGUUUACAGACACGGCAAGAAUCAUAAGGUUUUCCAUGCAAAUACCGACGCCACAGAGGUGGUUCUCAAUCGGAUCCCGCAGCCCGUCCUGGCCCGCUUUGUGCGAAUCCGACCUCAGACGUGGAAGAACGGCAUCGCGCUGCGCUUCGAGCUUUACGGCUGUCAGAUUACUGACGCUCCCUGCUCAGAGCUGCAAGGCAUGUUGUCUGGACUGCUGGCGGACUCGCAAAUCUCGGCGUCCUCCAUGAGGGAUAUCCAUGGCUCCAUGGGCGCAGCCAGGCUGGUGGCCAGUCGCUCAGGAUGGUUUCCCAACCCGACGCAGCCCAUCGCUGGAGAGGAGUGGCUGCAGGUGGACCUCGGCGUGCCCAAGAUGGUGCGUGGCCUCAUCACGCAGGGUGCGAGGGGGCUCGAGGGCAGCACCAGUGCAGAGAACCGAGCUUUUGUCAGGAAGUACAAAUUGGCUCACAGUAUGACCGGAAAGGAGUGGACGUACAUUACGGACAGCAAGACAGGCUUUGUAAAGUUUUUUGAUGGCAACAGCCACUACGAUACGCCAGAAGUGCGACGCUUUGAUGAGAUAAUAACUCAGUACAUCCGAGUUUUUCCCGAGAGGUGGUCACCUGCUGGGAUCGGCAUGAGGAUGGAGGUCCUCGGUUGUGACCUGCCAGAAACAACCACCGUGCCUGACACAGCGACCCCCACGCUGCCCAGGGUGGAACAGUCCACUGCAGCAAUGAGACCUGUCACCACGCCGUCGCUGUGGGCCGUAUGUGAUUUUGAACAGAGCCUGUGCGGCUGGUCCGCCGAUCCGCAAUCAGGCGUCAGCUGGUCCUUGCACAUGGCCGGGAGCAGCGCCGCCGGUCAUAGCCAGCAUGAAACCAGGCAGGAUCUGACACUGGGGUCAGAGAAUUUCUCAGGAAACUACCUCCACCUGGACGCCGGGGCCCACACCCAGCGCAAGCGAGCGAGGCUCCUGAGCCCCGAGGUGGCCCCCGAGCAAGGCCCGCUCUGCCUGCUCUUUUACUAUCAGCUGCAAGGGGAGGCGCUCGGGAGCCUGAGGGUCCUAUUGAGGGACAACGAACAGGAGGAGACCCUUCUGUGGUCUUUGAAGGGAGAUCAGGGGGCUCAAUGGCGAGAGGGCCGCACCAUUCUGCCACAAAGCCCCAGGGAGUAUCAGGUGGUGUUUGAAGGUUUCUUUGAGCAUCCAACCAGAGGCCACAUCCGAAUAGAUAACAUCCACAUGAGCAACACCAUCGACCUGGAGCAGUGCACACAGACCUCCCACCCGUUGACUCCUGACAUAACAAGGGGUGCCAUAUCUGGGAUGGAGCCCACUGUAGACACAGUGGCGGUGCAGACCUUUGCUGCCCACUGGUACUACCUGUUAGCGGGAGGAGGCGCCCUCCUUCUGCUGCUUACUGUAAUUGCGCUGGUGGUAUUGUGCUGCCGUCGGCACCGCUGGGGGUCCACCAAGACCGGCGCUAGCCACCAUCAUUCGGUGAUGUACCACAACAGUCAACAUCUAAACCAUCCAAACUGCUUCUACAACCAAAACGCCAGCUGUAAUCUCAAGCAAAACCCGCCUCAACCGCAAAGCGGGCCAGCUCGAGAGACCAUGUUGGUCGUCGGACAGGACAAAGACGACUGCUCUGAUUCCCACUGUUGAAAUCUGGACUGCCUGGGAAAUAUUCUGAAGAGACAUUUCACUUCAAAAAGACAACUUCUUGCCGUAACGGAAGGAUCAGGAUGCUUGAGAGGAAUUGUCAGACUUGGUGUGACUUUUAAUGACCACUGUGACAUCCAGCGAGAGCGUCUUUUGACCAUCUAGGCCUGAGUUGCUGGAAUGGAGCACACCACGGGACACAUUUUGAUCUCACCGCUCUUGUUUUUCUUCCGCGGUGGAAUUCAGAGUAGGAUACGUCUGUCUGCUCCACUCUCAUCUGUCGCAUGGACCCUGCCUGACACUUAAUAACUUGUCCAGGCUUCAUGUAAUACAUGGAAGUACACCUUUUUUUUUUUCUUGGGGAUGACAAGAAGCUGGCAUUUGUGUCCACCAACAUUUGAGAGACAAAAGAAAGAAAGGGAUGCAGUUAAGAAAAAGAAUCAGAGGAGCAGUGAAUGUUGACAAUGUUGUUCAUUUGGUCUGUCACUGUCGUGUCCACGUGUUUCAUUUGUUCGUUUGUUUUAGGCUGUUCAAAGUUUUUUAUCGUCAUUCAGAUGACGAAAUCACCUCUUGUAUGAUGUCUUUGUGUUAUCACUUUUAUAUAUUUAUUAUUUUGUGUUCAAGCGAAAGAUUCGCUCAUUCUGUCACAUAUUGUUCGCAUUUUCCUCAAUUUGUCAAUGUUAUUGUGCCUUUUCCGCAAUUUACUUAUUUUAGGCCUCCGAUUGGCUAAAAUAGUUUCACCACCUGUUGCUUUGGUUCGGUUUUGUGACUUUUCUUUUUUUUUUUUAAAUAUAGCACUGGUAUGAACUACAAUUAGCAGGUGGGCGGGGCAUGUAAACGUGGAUAAACUUACAACGAUUGUCCAUAACAUAUGCACGACGAACACAGCACAUGAAAAAACUCAGCCUAGAUAUGCGUUUUUAAGUAUGAUUUAAAAAAAAAAAAUCUAUUGAUGUCUAAAAAGUUGUGCCUCGGUGUUUAUUGACGGUUUGCCUGAAUCUUGUUGCCGGCUGAUUUACCGCCUGUUGUCUGCAUCUUUGUAUGACGGUUGAAUGAAAUGAAUCACAAAAAGAGAAUUCAACUUUGACUGUGUGAGGCUGCAGAUAAAAAUGUACACAUUGUUGUCGGUGUUAACUUGAUUGAUCGGUCGGUGAAGGGCAAAACGUUUUGCUUUGUAUUCAUUAGAUGAGACUAAGCCUUCACUGUGACCUUUGUACUCACAAAGUCGUUAAGCCUUUAUCUUAUAACUUUGUUGACUUUGGUUUAUUUUAACUUCUUAUUUAUUAUUUAACUCCCCAUCAAGUUAGCUUUUUGCGGGUGAUUUGAUCCCACUUGCUAGCAAAUGCAUCAAUGCUUUAUAAUGAUCAGCUAACUUUGUUUUUCAAAGGAUGACUUAAUUUUUGCUAACAACCAUUUAGCUUUCAGUGUAGGAUGCAAAAAAAAAAGGUUGAAUUAGCUGAAGUCGGUUGCUGAGUUUUUUUCUAUUGAAACAUUUUGAAUGUCCAUUCAUGUUGUGUUGUUGUGUGUUUUAGCAAUUUUUUCAAUCACAUUUCUGCUCAGGUGCUCACUGAUAGAUUCCACACUUUCAUCAUAUUUUUCCAUUGAUUUGGAUUCGUUUUAUUUAAAAAUCCAAAUGCAGUCACAGCAGUGUUAUUUUCAUUGAGUGAACACGAAUCUUUGCAAUUCUGUUCUCAUGUGCCUAUGAUGAAUUAUACUAGAAUGUCCAUCAUCUAUCGCGCCUUAGCUAGCCUAGCUUAGCCUAGCUAGAGCUUUAGUUGAUGUCAAAGGCUGAAACAGCUAAUGUCUGUCCUUCAUUCGCCUUUUACAUCCUAUUUUUAAACUUUGUUUUAUUGAAAUUUAUUGUAUAUGGCGAUAGUUGUUUCGACGGUUUUACGGAUGUUCCCAGCUGCCACCACGCGUUGUGUUUUCUCCCCACAUCAUUAUGUUCAUGCUCAAAUCCCAUGGCCUUUUUAUUAAACCCUCCUUGUUCUUAUUCUGCUCCUUCCUCCUGUGCUGCAAAUCCUUGCCGUAUAAAACACAGGAGAGAAAAUGAGAGGCAAAAAUCUCUCCGCGACGAAGGGCCCAUUAAGAGAAGAUGGCUUUUCCUCCAAAGAAUGGGCCCAGAGAUGGAGGGAGAUGAAAGCAGAAGAGAAACUGCUCUUUGUGCUUUCUAAAGAUAGAUUUUCUUUUUAUUUAUUUUAUGGAGACAGAGAAGCAGGUUGAGGUUUGGACUGACUAAAGGAAGGAGUUGAAGGAAGCGAGCGGCUUGUUUGAAACACAAAAGCCCAUAAAAAGGCUGCCCGCAAAGGACACACAAUGUCCUCACUCACACUCCAGCAACACACCGCAGCUAUUAAAUCGCUCUCAUUAAAUCAAAAUUUUACACAGUGUCACAUUCUCCGGAUCCUUCUUCGGCCAGUCUAUCUCAUAAAAGUGCUGUUUUGUGCUUGACUCAACAUGCAUUUGACUUUUGUGGAUUUUUCUGCCAUGUUAGCCGGCAUCCUUUCAGAUUGCUGCAUCGACCCGCCGAUGAUUUACACAUAAUAUGGCCUUCGAGCAGCUCCGAUCAAUAAUGCUCUGAAAUUCAAAUGGAGGAAUGAUAUAUGGUCCAUAUUUAUGUUGCCUAAGCCGUGCAGUUUUCGCUUUCAUGCGUUUAACUUUUUUGCAAGGUUUAGCAAAUGCCAUGCCAUUUUUCGGUGCUUUUUCAAUCAAUCUUUCAUUUUUCUUCACCUCCACCAACACACCAUAGUGCUUUAGUAUUUCUCAUUUAGUAAUGGAGCUGAUUGCCAUUAUUUAAAAAAUAAAACAAAACAGCAGUAAGCAUUUGCGGCCUUUCAAGUAGCUGAAUUCUUUUCCUUUUCCUGCAAGCCCGCUAUGAUGUCAAAAGGCCAUUAGCUGGAUACAAGUUCUCAUCUUAUUCUAUUAUUCUGUCUUGACUAAUUGGAGCUGCAGGGAGGUUUAAUCUCCUUCCACGGCACUGCGUGGAGUGCGCUCAGGGUGGAAGGAAGCCCGAGGGCUUUUAAAAGCUAUCAUUAGCCCGCAUUCAACACUCGCCCAAAGCGUGUCCGAACAGUUUUUUUCAAUUUUAUAGUAACACUACUACUCUAACUCUCAAUUAUAUUAGCGAGUCCUUCCUGAAGUUCGUAUGUGAACAAUGCAAAAAAAAAAAAAUUCUGUCCAAUUCAGCCAAGUGGGAAAAUGUAAUUCAACAUUGUGUUUAAUUUUUACACAUUGCUUCCAUGUUAUGGUAAUUAGUUAGUGUCUCUUUUGUUUUGUAUGAACAAACUGUAACAUGUCAUGGCUUAAAAGGACUUCAUGAGAAUAUAUGAGAAGUUGAUUUUUUUUGAAGAUCCUGACAGACAUGAGUUGAGAUGAUGAAUGAAAAGAGGAGAUUGAUUGGAAGUCCCACGGGGUAAAUAAUGCAGCGGUGGGCGCACACUUGAGCGAAGCCAUUCAUCAACGAGCGUCAGAAAGCGUGCGUGCGCUUCUGCUCUUUCCUCUCACUCCUCGCAGUUAACAAGACUUUAUUAACGUCUUUUUGAUUUCCUGCUUGGCGUAAAUCAAUUUUCAUUCUCCCACUUGAAGAAAAGCCGCCGAAAUGCAAAUUUCCACAUUAUAAAUGAUAGAUGAACGUUUGAGGUCGUACGUUUUCCACCGGCAUCCAAACUUUUGUUUACUUAAUGACACUCGUGAGCUCAAUUUUUACCUAUCAAUGAAACUUUUUUUCUCAUUUGAGUAUUGUCUUAAAAGAUGAAAUGACCUUAACUUGCCGUAUCGAUGGAAACGAAGCUAUAUAUUUUAUUUAUUAUUUACCUCAUAAUAUCUUCAGCGUAUCUUUUUUGGCUUGUCAAUGAGUGGUUACCAGCCGCACGUCUGUAACACUUUGGUUGUAUUUGACUUUCUUUCAAACUGAAGUACAAGUGAGCUUUAAAGCUGCCUCACAAAUGCGCUUGUGUUGAGAUUCAUGUCUGUGUGAAAAUAAUAAAAGUCAUAUUUUUCUAUUCAA